AUGAAGGUAAUUUUGGAAAGCCUGAUGAAGGUGGACAACAGCGUCGCCGAUCUAUUCCUAAAUGAAGGCAUUGACGACGUGGAGACCUUUCUGGAUCUUGAUGAACAGGACUUCACACGACUACGACUUAAAACAAAGCUUAUUAAGACUAUCCAAAAAAUACAAAAAGACUAUAUGAACAAUCCAAUAAUUGAAGAACUGGAGGAAGGCGAUCCACUUUCCAUUUCGGAUAAUGGUAACGGCGAGGGUAACGGAGGACCAUCAGAAAACCCAUACCGCGGGAUUUUACUGGAACAGGCUAUCGACAUAAACAUCAUCUUCAGCAAAACACCUUCGGGAAAUGAGAUCAUGGAAGUUUUGAAUGAAGAAAUAAACCCGAAUGACAAACUGUUGAAUCAAAUAAAUCGAAUACUCUGCGAAUUUCUGAAGUUAAAUUAUGGAUUGCAUCCUUCGACCUUCCACAAGAAUUUGUUGGCGGUUUCGCUUGUUAAUACAUACCCAGUACUAGGAUCGACGAACCGUGAUGUUCCCCAGGCCAGGGCUGGCAUACUCCUCAGAGUAGUCGAAAUGUGCGUAUCUUUUGCACUCCUCAAAAAGACCGCAGAGAGUGUGUUUCGCUUAUCGCUCAUUCUUUCUUUUCCACAACGCAGUGAGUCCUCUUUGUGUUUCUACUCUGCAGCGAAUGCAUUUGUCAGACACAAAGAGUUGAGGAUAAAUGAUGAAAUAAACACACCGUGUUCCUCAAUGAGUUUUGACAAAACGGUGAAUCAAACAGAAUGAAAAUAAACAUUGCCAAAGAAAGUAAAACGUAGCUGUUGAUACUAUUUACGAGUAAUAAGAUAUUUUUGAUUUUGCUGGCUUUUGGGAUGUUUGUUAACAAAACUAUUUAGAAGACUUGUACUAACAACAUUAUUCCGCCCCACCUGCUUUAAAAUAAUUUACUGGCGAGACGAUUUCUAAAUACAAUUUACAAAUACUAAAUACAAUUAUUAUUUGAACGUCACCUUGAAUGAAGUUAUUUCGUUGUCUACAAGCUUCAGAAUAAUGUUCACGGCCGUAUGAAAGUCUUCAUACAAUUUAAUUGCAAAACGCUGUCUAUUUUGCACAAUUCUGUGUAAAAUAGUUUUAAAAAAGAUUUAUGAUUUACGCCAAGCUAAAAAUAAUCAGUUUAAAUUACCCUUCCGCCUGUAGGCGAAUAAGGUUGCAUGAAGAAAAAGAAUCCGAAAGGUAUUUGAAAAAAUAAAAAUCGAAAUCGAAAUUAGUGUUUUUUUUAUACAAUAUAAGGAAAGUUCGUCCCCGUACUGCAAACGGCUUUUAUCUAAAUUGCUUCUAGAAUCUUCGAGAAACGUUUUAAAAAUUCCACCGUUUGCU